CCUUUUAAUUAUAGGGUUGUGCUGAAAUUUCUUAUUUUAAUUUCUCCUCGAGUUGAACUUUCCAAAAAUGGAUGAAGAAGUAAAAUGUUUUUGGCUGAUAAUAUGGUUAGAAGCAUGAACACAAGGGAGUUGGGAGUGGAGUAAAUUUACCCAAAAAUAGAAUGCGGUUUGGCAAUUAGGAUCCUAGACUCCACGCAAUCCCAAUCCCUUUCCCUGUAAUCUUCACUCUCAACUGCAAAUCCUAAGGCGAGUCAAUUGUGAAUACCUACCAAGUACCAAGCAAGAAGGGUCUUUACCAGAUCAAAACCUUUGGCCUACACGCACGCCGUCUUCCUAGAAAUGGAGGACGGAAACCCCUAUUUUGGAGCUGCCCAUCGUCCUCACGACCGAAUCAAGCUCAACGUCGGUGGCAAACUCUUCGAGACCACUAUUUCUACUAUUCGCUCCGGCGGCCCUGAUUCACUCCUUCAAGCCCUCUCCGCCCGCCCCAUCGACGACUCCAACCCCGUUUUCAUCGACCGUGACCCUGAGAUCUUCUCCGUCCUUCUCUCUGUCCUUCGAACCAAUCGUAUUCCCUCCACCGCUCGCCGAUUCUCCAAGCAAGAACUCACCGAUGAAGCCCUCUACUACGGCAUCGAGUCUCGUCUCAAAUCUGCCAUGUUGCCCCCUCCCCUCUCCGGGAUCGACACCUCUGUUGUCGCCACCAUCCGUCCUGCCUCUGAUGGCCUUCCCUCUGCUUUCACUGCUGGUGCCGGUGACGGUUCCUUGUGGAUUGCUCAUGGCGGUCAGAUCUCCGCCUAUGAUUGCAAUUUGGCCCAUGCCGGCACUAUUCGGACUCACAUCAACGAUAUCACAUCCAUCCGCCGCCUCUGGCCGGAUGUAGCCGCCGUUGGAUCGGAUACUGCGGCUGGGCUUCACAUAUACGACAUAUCCGGCGGACGUCAUGUAGCGUCUGCGCACUGGACUGAUCCCUCCGAUCCUAGGAUAUACAAGGCUCUGGUGUCCGCGAUCGCAGACUCUCCAAAUUCUGUAUAUGCGUCGUUCUAUUGUCGUCACAAAGAGAAUUGCAUCCUCGUAAUUGACAAGUCCACGCUCCAGGUCGUGUCGGAAAUUGGUCGCCAGUCCGGCAAUUCCAUGAAGACCAUGGGUGCCGGAAAACUGACUUACAUGCCAAGCUCCAGCCUCAUCUUUGCCAGUGCCGUCACUUCAGGUGCGUUCGGGUACUCGGGCUGUAUCAGGCUGUGGGACCCUAGGUCCGGCGAGGUGGUUUGGGAGACGACCGAGCCAGGGUCGGGGCGAAGCUGUAGGUUUGGGGAUUCGUUCGCUGAUGUGGACGUGGAUGCGGAUGAGUCAACCAUGUUCAAGGUUUGCUCCCAAUCGGGGGAUGUAGGAAUGGCAGAUUUGCGUAAAUUAGGAGAAGACCCGUGGGUGUAUUUGAGAGACAAUAACCCUAGCAUGGCACAUAAGGGUGGAGGUGACAGCAGCAGUGUGAUACAUUGUUACAGAAAGCAAGUUUUUGUUGCGCGAGGAGGAGGCCUAGAGGUUUGGUCUCAAGUAGAGGAUAAAGAAACAGAGGAGGAGAGGGAGAAUAUGGUUUCUGAAGGGUCUUAUAGGAGGAAUUAUGUUGAUAAGUUGGAUGAUUUAGAGAGGGGUACCAUAGCGAAAAUGGAAGGUGGUGGUGAUAGGCUAUUUAUUAGUAGAGAAGAUGUCGAAGGGAUUGAAGUGUGGGAAAGCUCCAAUUUCUCAGGUGCAGUUUCGGUUUUAUAAUCUAAGCUAGGAGCUGCUUUUUGAAAUUUUGUUGAAUUUGGGUCUUCUUUUCAUCGCCCUCAGAUAUAUUGUAUCAGAAAAGAUGUAAUUCCAAGCAAUUUUUGAAUCACAAUGCAGUUAAGCUCCUCUUCUGUUCUCACGAAUGCACCCUCUAAUCUCAGCACGUUAGCACCAAUGGUUUUUUCUCCUAAAACAAACUUGUAAAAAACCGUGAUUUUUUAUUAUUGUUAUUAUCAUUUGCCUGUACACUCUUGAACAUUUUCAGGACAGUUUAUCCCAUCAAAUUAUUGCAUGAAUCUUUAAUAACAUUAAUCAAGUGGCAUAUGGCAAUGGUCAGAUGUUCAACAACAAUAAUAGCAUCCUAAGUGAUGGCAAGCACACAGAUGGCUCUGGUGUCAGGGGGACGGUAUCUUGGGGGCUAGAGGAAGUUAGCUGGAGACUCCUAUUUUCUUCCUAUGGAUGCAUUCCUCCCCCAAGUCGCCUGGAAAUUUCUUCUAUGAUCCCUCUUUUAGUACAAAAUUCACCAAACCCAGUUCCCCUCAAAACCUGUUAUCUGAUUUCUUCUGCAAUCUGUUGUGCUCCCUCAUUAUCUAUAUGCAGAAUAAUUCCAGUUUGCUCAAGCUAAAGAUCUGUAUUCUUGGAGUGAUUCAGAGUGUCACCCAUUCUUGGAGCUCCUAUUGUCGACAUUGUUCUUGGGCGCUGCAAUCAUAAUGCCUUUAGGCAUGACCUUCCUUGUUGCUUUCAUGAGUGACUAUUGGAUGAUCUUGUUCUCGAGUCUUGCCUAUAGCCUUGGACUCAGCUUCUUGGCAAGGUCAACACCACCUGUUCUUUCUAAUACAACAGGGACCUGUAGUUUAUACCAGCCAGAAUGCAUUGGCAACACCCAAGGAGUCCUGUUCUGUACAGCAUUAGCCCUUAUAGCUGUUGGGAUAUCUGGUCAUAUAACCUCCUUAGGAUCAUUCUUUACUGAACAAGGAAAAAUCCAAACACCCAGUGAUCAAAUUGAUAUGAAAAGGAAGGUGCCUUGACAAAAUGUUGGCUCCUUUCUUAUGACCCUUCUCCCAGUGAUUGGAGGUUGUGCUCUUGCAUAUAUAAAGUCAUGGUCUGUUAGUUUGGGGUUCCAGCAUUAGUUAUGCUGUCUGCAACACUUCUGUUCUUGAGCUGGUUAUGUCUGUAUAGAUGUGCUAAACCGAAGGGUAGUCCACUGACUCCACUCACAAGUUAAAACAGUGUUCAGAAUCUUUGUGCCCUCCAUGUCCAAGACAUUCCACAGCCCUCCAAGGGAGCUAGUCAGCUCUAUGAAAAAUAGUACUUUGGUGUUCAGCUUGGGCAACAGACCCUGGGGCUCAGGUUCUCUUCUCUUCUGACACCCACUCCGUCCUCUCUCGUUGACUUAUUCAAGAAAACUCAUCUAUAAGAACCCAAAACAUAGAUUUUCAGGCAUAUCUGGCAUUAACUCUGCAUGGCACCAAGCGAGGUUCCCAAUUUCAAUUUGGUGACAGUUGUUCAACCCCACCUGUAUCAUUGGUUGUCUCUGUGGCCUAGUCUAUCAGCCUGUGGGACAUAUAAAUAAAGAGAAUAAGAGAGAAACUGCCAUGUUAAGUUGUAGCUUAAAAAACUGCAUUGUGCUUUACGUGGUACUCAGUUAUGAUGCUUUGUGCAGUAGAAUUUAGUGUGGUUUAUGGGUUACAAAAAACUCUAUCCAUGUUUUCUUGUAUGGUUGAUGCGCAGGUGCUUAGAUGACGUUGUCAUUGUAUUGCCAAGCCAAACUUUAGUACAACAAGAGCAGCAUAGAUGGAGACUUUGCGGAGUGAGAGGUCGAGGAAACCAAAAUAAUUGUAUGCACAAUUUCCAUGUGGAUUUGAGGGCCUGGAACUGUACAGGAACUGUUCCUGUUGACAGUACUAUUGUAUGCUCCGACCAAGAAGAGUGAGCCCGGCAUGCGUCUACAAUCAUGUCUGGAUCAACCAGCUAGGUGCUCCUUGUGAGUGGCAACCACAUUUUGGGCACGCUGUACUUGCCUCCUCAUCUCCUGUUUGCUCUAAGAAUGCCAUGCCAUGCCCCAAACUUCUAGCAGCAGUUCCUGCUCCCUCUGAGGCUGCUGGAAAUGCUGUCGACCGCCCUCCUCUGCACAAAACUGCUUUACCAAUCAAGAAUGGGCACAUUUCUCCCGCACAGCAGCCCAAGUCGCUCACCCAUCAGCCAACCGGUGCGAUAAAGGUGAGAGCAGAUAGCUGAUAGGUGAAGUCUCUUUCUUGUGGUCUUUCCUUUUUCUUUGCGUGAAACCUGACUAGAAUGAAGGGGGAUUCCUGGGAUCCACUUGCGUCUUCUUUUGCUGCAAGAGUGUUCACUGUUGGAGUGCCAGGAGAUUUGAAAGUGAGGGAUUAAAGUGGGGAGAUUGCCUUAACUGGCCACAUUGAAGUUGUACCAACAUGGGUGACCUUCAUAAUUUUUGGGGUUGUGAUCUCCAUUGGAAACACUUGCGUUUUUGAGCAAGCAAAUAUUUUGGUUGCUUCCUCAGUUUCUCCAUCUUGGGCCUGUUGAUGGGAUUUCAAGCUCUCUAGCAUUGCCAGUUUCUUCCAUAGUCCAUACAGUUUUGUAUGAGAUGGCAGCUGCUAAAGUAGAGGCUCGAAGGCUAGAUGUGGUUAAGAGCCACGGUUUACUUAACAAAUCCGACUGCUUCCUCAGUUCCUACUUCUUGGGAGCCUCCAUGGAACUUUUGAUAAUAGCAUUGAGUGAUUCUUCACUGAUUAGGUUACUCGAUGAGGGAACUACUUGUGUUUCUUCACCAAUGUCGUAUUUAGAGCAGGAUUUGUCGGUAGUGUUUUUUCAGUAUAUAUGACAGGCAAGGGUUUGUUGUCUC